AGACACAAGAAAAUAUUUGAUCACAUCAAACACCAGAUCAAAGAUCAAAUGGCUCAUCAUCAUCCCUUGCUAGUCCUAGCAGCCCUGGCUCUAGCCAUCAGCUCAGUCCAUGUUGCAGCGGCUCAGGCGCCAAGCUCCAACCCUUCAGCCAGAGAGUACCUCCAAGCUCACAACCAAGCCAGAGCCGCAGUGGGUGUUGAGCCGCUCAAGUGGAGUGAGUCAUUGGCCAAUGCAACAAGCAGGCUAGUGAGGUACCAAAGAAACAACCAAGCCUGCAACUUUGCUAACAUCACCAGUGGCAGCAAGUAUGGAGCCAAUCAGCUGUGGGCAAGUGGGCAGUCAGUGAGUCCAACCAUGGUUGUGGACACUUGGGUCAAAGAGAAGGACUUCUACAACCACAGUGGGAACUCUUGUGUGCCAAAUCACUGGUGUGGUGUGUACACCCAGGUGGUGUGGAGGAAGUCUUUGGAGCUUGGGUGUGCUCAGGCUACAUGUGUCAAAGAACAGAGCAGCUUGAGCAUUUGUUUUUAUAAUCCUCCUGGGAAUGUUGUAGGGGAGAGCCCGUACUAAAGGAAGAAAAGAACUUCCUUGCACUAGGAUGUUACAGUGGCGAAAUCUUAAGCCAAUCACGCUACCUGUCAUGGUGGCAUUCCAGGUGUAGGUAAGUUUUCUCGAACUUAUUGAAGUUGAAGUUGAAGCUAAUUUGGGUGUAGUUUUUGCAAGUGUUGGGAUCUAUGAUGUUGAGGGGUUAAUUAGCAAUAAUGUGUUGCACUUAGGGUGUUUGAAGUAAAUUAGGCAAAUGUAUAAGGGUCUUUUGCUGCUAAAUAUAUAAUGUAAUCACUAUGGUUCUUCAGAUCUCCUUUCUCUCUG